CAGAUCUGUGUCUCCAGGCGUCCGCAGAGAGGAAGGAGAUCAGUCAAUACUGUGCGUCUGUGGAAACUCUUCAUCACAGCUUCACUAGGAUGCUAAUGAGAUCACGUCAACUGUCAGAGUGAACAUUUGUUUCUUGUGACUCAUGUGUUUUGAUGCUCUGAAGUUAUGAGGGAGUGACGGCGUCCUCAGAUCAGAUGCAGGCAGACACAGGACUGAUGAGGAUGAGAUGAGCAGAGAUACAUGAAGCAUGAAGGUGUUUCAAUUGACCUGAAGGACAUUCAGAAGGUACGACACCACAACAGAUCCACCAGGAAUCUACAGAGGACGUUUGAACCUGCCAACCUGCAAGAUGGAAACCACUGAUCCAAAGAUCCCCCAUGAGAGACCAGACUCUCCUGGACCUGGACCCAGCUGUGAUUCCAUGAAGAGUGAAGCCUCUAUACCUCUAUUUAUUACGUUUAAAGAUGGAGAGCAUAGUGAUGGACCAGGAGUUCAUCAGCAGAGAUCACAGAGUCCCGGAGGUCAGUCUGCCCAGCAGCAUCAAACUGACCUGGACUCCAUAUUUAUGCUGCUGGAGGAGAACAUUGGUACUUUUGUGAAGGACGAGCUGAAGAAGAUCCGGACAGUCCUGACUUCAGAUUACCCAGAAUGCUUAGAGAGUCAGAGGGAGGAUGAGGAGGUGUUGGAUGGUGAGGAUGAAGAGCAGAGGAGGAGCAGCAGAGAGGCAUUUCUGAACAUCUCACUGCACUUCCUGAGGAGCAUGAAGCAGGAGGAGCUGGCUGAGCGUCUGCAGAGCAGAACUGCUGCUGCAGCCUGCAGACGUAAACUCAAAUCCACCCUGAAGGAGAGGUUCCAGUGUGUGUUUGAGGGCAUUGCUAAAGCAGGAAACCCAACCCUUCUGAACCAGAUCUACACAGAGCUCUUCAUCACAGAGGGGGGGUCUGCAGAGGUCAAUGAUGAACAUGAGGUCAGACAGAUUGAAACUGCAUCCAGGAAACCACACAGACCAGAAACAACCAUCAGACAAGAAGACCUCUUUAAAGCGUCACCUGGAAGAGAUGCACCAAUCAGAGCAGUGAUGACAAAGGGCGUGGCUGGCAUUGGGAAAACAGUCUUAACACAGAAGUUCACUCUGGACUGGGCUGAAGGCAAAGCCAACCAGGACAUUCAGUUCACAUUUCCAUUCACCUUCAGAGAGCUGAAUGUGGUGAGAGAGAACAAGUACAGCUUGGUGGAACUUGUUCAUCACUUCUUCUCUGAAACCAGAGACGCAGGAAUCUGCAGGUUUGAUCAGUUCCCGGUCGUGUUCAUCUUUGACGGUCUGGAUGAGUGUCGACUUCCUCUGGACUUCCACAACACUGAGAUCCUGACUGACGUCACAGAGUCCACCUCAGUGGAUGUGCUGCUGACAAACCUCAUCAGGGGGAAGCUGCUUCCCUCUGCUCGCCUCUGGAUAACCACACGACCUGCAGCAGCCAAUCAGAUCCCUCCUGAGUGUGUGGACAUGGUGACAGAGGUCCGAGGGUUCACUGACCCACAGAAGGAGGAGUACUUCAGGAAGAGAUUCAGAGAUCAGGAGCAGGCCGGCACCAUCAUCUCCCACAUCAAGACCUCACGAAGCCUCCACAUCAUGUGCCACAUCCCAGUCUUCUGCUGGAUCUCUGCUACAGUUCUGGAGGAGGUGUUGAAAACCAGAGAGGGAGGAGAGCUGCCCGAGACCCUGACUGAGAUGUACAUCCACUUCCUGGUGGUUCAGUCCAAAGUGAAGAACAUCAAGUAUGAUGGAGGAGCUGAGACAGAUCCACACUGGAGUCCAGAGAGCAGGAAGAUGAUGGAGUCUCUGGGGAAACUGGCUUUUGAGCAGCUGCAGAAAGGCAACCUGAUCUUCUAUGAGUCCGACCUGACAGAGUGUGGCAUCGAUAUCACAGCAGCCUCAGUGUACUCAGGAGUGUUCACACAGGUCUUUAGAGAGGAGAGAGGACUGUACCAGGACAAGGUGUUCUGCUUCGUCCAUCUGAGCGUUCAGGAGUUUCUGGCUGCUCUUCAUGUCCACCUGACCUUCAUCAACUCUGGAGUCAACCUGCUGGCAGAAGAACCAACAACCUCCCAGAAGUCUGAAGUCAAACCUACACUAACAAAUCUCUACCAGAGUGCAGUGGACCAGGCCUUACAGAGUCCAAACGGACACCUGGACCUGUUCCUCCGCUUCCUCCUGGGUCUUUCUCUGCAGACCAAUCAGACUCUCCUACAAGGCCUGCUGACACAGACAGAAAGCAGCUCAGGGACUAACCAGGAAACAGCCCAGUACAUCAAGAAGAAGAUAGAAGAGGAUAUGUCUCCAGAGAGAAGCAUCAACCUGUUCCACUGUCUGAAUGAACUGGAUGAUCGUUCUCUAGUGGAGCAGAUCCAACAGUCCCUGAGAUCAGGAAGUCUCUCCACAGAUAAUCUGUCUCCUGCUCAGUGGUCAGCUCUGGUCUUCAUCUUACUGUCAUCAGGAGAAGAUCUGGACGUGUUUGACCUGAAGAAAUACUCUGCUUCAGAGGAGGCUCUUCUGAGGCUGCUGCCAGUGGUCAAAGCCUCCAACAAAGCCAUGCUGAGUGGCUGUAAGCUAUCAGAGAGAAGCUGUGAAGCUCUGUCCUCAGUCCUCAGCUCCCAGUCCUCUAGUCUGAGAGAGCUGGACCUGAGUAACAACGACCUGCAGGAUUCAGGAGUGAGGCGGCUGUCUUCAGGACUGCAGAGUCCACACUGUGAGCUGGAGACUCUCAAGCUCUCAGGCUGUCUGGUCACAAACAAAGGCUGUGCUUCUCUGGCCUCGGCUCUGAGCUACAACCCCUCUCAUCUGAGAGAGCUGGACCUGAGCUACAAUCAUCCAGGAGACUCAGGAGAGAAGAUGCUGUCUGUUAUAAAGGAGGACCCAGAAUGCAGACUGGAGACUCUCAGACUGGACCAUGGUGGAGAGCAGUGGUUAAAACCAGGUCUGAUGAAGUAUUCCUGUGAACUCACACUGGACCCAAACACAGCACACAGGAAACUCCAACUCUCUGACAGCAACAGGACGGUGACACGUGUGAGAGAGAAGCAGCCAUAUCCUGAUCAUCCAGAGAGGUUUGAUUUCUUGGAACAGCUGAUGUGUAGAGAAGCUCUGACUGGUCACUGUUACUGGGAGGUCGAGUGGAGCGGAGAGGUUGAUAUAUCAGUGACUUACAGAGGAAUCAGCAGCAGAGGAGGCAGGGAGGACUCUCAGUUUGGAUUGAAUGAUCAGUCCUGGAGUCUGAGAUGCUCUGAUGGUGGUUACUCUGUCUGGCACAAUAAGACAGUAACACACAUCUCCUCCUCCUCCUCCUCCUCCUCCUCCCCCCCCUCCUCAUCCUCCUCCUCCUCCUCUGGUAGAGUAGCAGUGUAUCUGGAUCAUCCUGCUGGCUCUCUCUCCUUCUACAGAGUCUCCUCUGACACACUGAUCCACCUCCACACCUUCAGAACCACAUCCACUGAACCUCUGUAUGCUGGGUUUGGGUUCAUGUCAGAUGACUCCUCAGUGUCUCUGUGUUCUCUGUAGGAGGAGACCACUUCCUGUCCAGUGGUCUGAAUGUUGAAGAUAUAGGAUUCACCUUGGUUAACAUUUGGCUCAAUGAUUGUGCGUAAUUGAAGAGGCAUUUAGUUAUUCUGCUCCAUAUGUCCGUGUGACAGAGAUGAUCUCAGGUGACAUAGAUCUCUUUACGCUUCAUAUGCUUCCUCAUUGGUGAAGCACAUUAUUUGCAUCACAUCUGAACAUUGGAUAUGCAUUCCUGGGUCACAGGAAAAUAUAGGCAGUUAUACAAUAAGUAAGAUUAAAAACAUAUGUUUCUUGUAACAAAUGCAGUUUGUUAACGUUAUAAUUGAAUUACACGUAUAUAGCAACACUUACGUCUGCUCUCCUGUCCGCCACUAGAAUAACAACAACCUCUUUGAAGGUUCCGGGUGGGAUUUAAUGAGCAGGAUGAUGCAGGGGGGGGGGGGCUGGAUAACUGCUACAUUUAUAUCUGCUGGAUUAUUUAAUGUUUGUUUGUUAAUUUGCAGUAAUGUUUGUUAUUGUUGAACUUGUCUUCAUCUUAAUUGUAAGCACAUGUCUGACUGUAGCACCCCUAUCAAUGGUACCUCCUAAAUAGUGGGGCUAUAAAAGCUCUUAGUGCCAUUGUUGGGUUGGUGUAGGUUGGUGACAGUCGGUGGUAUUGCAGAGUUGAAUUGUCCAGAAUCGUAGAGUACAGCAGGCCUGGCUAUUUGCCGUUCUCUUGUAAAUAGUUGUAAAUAUAGUGAACUGUGUAAAUAAAUGCCAACGCUGGCGAUUGGCUGGAU